CAUAUCCGGACAUGGACGUCACUUCCGGGGCAGGUCAGAGGACGGGCUCGUCAUCCUAGUAGACCUGUGAUCCUGGAAUCUUCCAGCACGGGGCUCCCCCCGCCAGUGCCCGGAGAAUGAACCAAGCCAAACGGAAAGAGGAGCCGGCUGUGUCCAAUGGAGGGGUGAAGGUGAAAGUGUCCCCCUGGAGCAAAGCCCUGCGAGGAGACGCCGCCUGGGAGGACAAGGAUGAAUUCCUCGAUGUCAUCUACUGGAUGCGGCAGAUCCUGGCCAUUAUAUUGGGGGUGAUAUGGGGGAUCGCUCCUCUGAAGGGAUUUGUGGGAAUAGCUAUUUUCUGCCUAAUAAAUGCCGGAGUACUAUACCUAUAUUUUAGCAGCUUUCAACAUGUAGACGAAGAAGAGUAUGGAGGGACCUGGGAGCUAACAAAGGAGGGAUUCAUGACGUCGUUUGCCCUAUUUUUGGUUGUCUGGGUCAUUUUUUACACAGCUAUUCAUUUUGAUUGACAAUUUUCUAACAUCCCUUUUUGCCAAAUUCCCUCAUUGUCAAUGGGGAAAAAAAUGAUUCAUCGUAUUUUUUUUAAUACAGAACAAUAAAAACCUACAAAGAACAUUGACAGCAAAGGGGAAUCGGCAAAUAUUUUUUUUUCUUAUUUUUUUUUAAAUACCAGUGAAUUGUGCCCUAGACCUGUGAGGAUCAUUUUGCAGGUGUGGACCAUCGCCAAAUGUACGUGAAGUAGUUUUCCUGCGUCCUCUGGCUAGAGCUGGCACACAGUUUUUAUUCAUCUCAAAGGAAAAGAUGACAUUUUCUACUGUGAGAUCAUAAGCGUGUCCAUGGUUUUCUUACGACGACGGCCUGGGAUGUGGAAUGGACCCAAUAAGUAUAAAUGCUCCAGCAUCUAGAUCAGAACUCUAGAUAUUUUAAGUAUGGGUUGACCAGGCUUUCAGUUCUAAAAGCAUCUGCAAAUUUUUUUUGUAUAAACCAUGUACAGCUGAAAGAUUGUCUAACUUCCAUGUAACUGAAUAACCAGCCCAAGUGGUUUUUGUUUUUUUUUGUACGGUUUUAUGACCUGACAUUUUCAUAAUAUACUGCCCCUUUGCAUCCACAGUACUGUUAUUCCAGUAACACUGGAAGGAAUAUGGAUGAGGUUUUGCUCUCCGGUAAACCUACACAGUAUUGAUACAAGAUUUAAUUUAACCUGGAAUGAAUGUGUUUUACAAUAAAGAUCUGAUUUGUUGAA